CGAUCAAUUUUCUCUAUGGUUCGUUCUUUCAAAAAGUUCCUGCUUUUGUAAACAAAUUUAAAUUAUUGUGUUAUUUGUUGUUAUUACCGACACAAAUCCGUAAAAUUCUGUAUUACUUGAUAGGUACUUAGAAGCAAAUGAGGUUCCUGCGCUGUUCGGAUUCUGAUAACAUGGCGACGGAAACUGCUCCUUCCAAACUAAAUGAAGCAGAGUUUGAAGCUAUCGCGAUAAACAGUGAACCAUGUCUAUCACAAAGCAUAGACUUACAAAACUGGAUGCGGGAUCUGCCCGAGGUAUUGAAAAAUGUGCCAUUCAUUUAUCUUGCUAUACCAGGAAGCCAUGACUCAAUGACAUACGGCAUUGACAGAUCCAGCGGUCUGGCACCUGAUGCAGAGCCCGCACUGAAAAGACUGUAUCCUCUGUUCCGAGGUUCGAUCAUUAGAUGGACAGUAACUCAAGCAUUAUCUGCAUAUGAACAGCUACAAAUUGGCAUUAGAUACUUUGACUUGCGGCUUGCUACAAAACAGGGGACACAAAACUUCUACUUCACCCACGGCCUGUAUGCUUCAGAAAUAACAGAACCUUUGAAAGAAAUCAACAGGUUUGUGGAGGACCACCCUGAUGAGGUAGUGAUAUUGGACUUCCAGCAUUUCUACAGCUUCACGCCAGAAGACCAUCACAGGCUUAUUUUCAAUAUCCACAAUAUUUUCGGGAAGAAGUUUGUACCCAGAACAUUGAACCCUGGGGGCAUUACACUGAAUUCCAUGAAGAGAUUGGGACAGCAGAUAAUCGUAGUAUACCGCAACGAGUUCAUGUUCGCCUCCGCCGAGUUCUGGCCGAGUUCGUUCUUGCCGUCCCCGUGGCCGAGACAGGACUCGGUGUCGGGGCUGCUGGGCUUCCUGCGGCGCGUGCGGCGGCGGCCGGGCGCCGGCUUCGUGCACCAGGCCGUGCUCACGCCUACGCCCACCUUCAUUGUGCUCAGGUUCAUCUCGGAUCUUCGGACAAAAUGCGCGAUACCCAUCAAGAACGAGGCUUUACCCAGAAUAGCGGAAAUGACCCCAGGCAUGCCGCGUCAGGACGUCCAGAACACAGUCAACGUAGUCAUAGCUGACUUCGUUGACCUCGACAACGCUGUCUUCCCCAGGACCAUCAUCAAUAUGAAUAGUAAGAUCCUAAAUGAAAUUGAACUAUUGGGCAACGACGAAUACAGACUAUCGGAAAACUAUGGAUAGUUUAUACGGUAUGUUGUACUUUAUGUUCAUGGUUUUUAGUGUAAUUUUUAAAGCUGGUUGACUCGAAAUUGACGUGUUUGGAUUGGUAUUUUCGACUAGAAUGUUGUGAAGUGAAACUUAUAA